AUGGCUGCUGCUUCUCACCUCUUCUUCUUCCUUUCAGUUUCGCUUCUUCUCUCCUCCACCUUAUCGGCUUACGAGUUCCGUGUUGGAGGACCGAGAGGUUGGACGAAACCCACGGGAGAUGAGUUGGAGAACUACAACCACUGGGCGACGAAGAACCGCUUCCAUAUUGGAGAUUCCUUGUGUAAGCUUUCACUCUCAUUAUAUAGUAUUAAGAUCGUUUUGCUGGCACGAAUAACAUUCGAUAGUUCAUUUCUUGAUGAGCUGUCAGAUUUCAAGUAUGAGAACGACUCGGUGCUAGUGGUGGACAAGAACGCGUACAAAGAAUGCGACACGAAGGCGCCACUCUUCAAGUUCGUAGGCGGCAACACGACGUUCACGUUCGACCGCCACGGCUACUUCUACUUCAUCAGUGGCGAACCAGGCAACUGCAAGGCAGGGGAGAGGUUGAUCAUUCGCGUGAUGGUGCACUGGGAAGUGGUCAUCUCAGGAGAUGCUCCAUCUCCUCAGCCACGCCACAGUGGCAGCUCCAUCUCCAGCGCAGCCGUGGGUUUUGCUACUUCCUUCAAGAACACCGUGUUCAUGGCAGCUCUUGGAUCUGCUUUCGCUAUAUCUCAGUUUGUCUAG